UUUUAAAGAGGAGAAUGAAUUAGAAUAAAUAUAAGCGACAUGCAGGCUGGAAAAAAAAAAAUUACUAUGUUGACGUGGAAGGUUACCGAGGUGACGACGUUGAGGAAGUGUCAAUGAAGUGAAAGUGGAUGACCGACAAACUUCGUCGCGGAGUUCAGUUAUCCGCAGGCUCCGACCGUUUUAACGUGGUUAAAGGCUUCCGAGAGUCUGAUAACCGUUUUUCGUUAACAGCCUCAAGAUACACGAAACUAUACUAACCAUGACCACCUUGCGUAGAUUUGCUGUAGGAGUUCGUACGUUUGUCCGAGGCCAUAUUAAACUGGACUGCGCGUUUACUGGUCUCCAUGGGACGUUGUUUGAGGCCAAUAUGUGCGAGACGAAGAAAUGCGUCCGCCCAGUUAAUGUUGUGCAUUGGCGAGCAUUUUGCUCUCAAAGGCCUAACAGAGAAGUGGAAGUAAACAUGAGACGCCUUGAAGCUGAAGACAACGGUGUAGUGGAAGUGCUGAUGUGUCGAGAGCGAGCACGGAACUCUCUAGGCCGGGUUUUCGUGGGUCAGAUGCGAGAGCUGGUGUCAUUCCUGCACAAUGACUCAGCUGUGCGUGUAGUGAUCUUUAGGAGUCUGGUCCCUGGAGUCUUUUGUGCAGGGGCAGACCUGAAGGAGCGAGCCCAGAUGAGCAACUCGGAGGCUGAACAUUUUGUGCAUGGCCUCCGAUCAUUAAUGAAUGAAAUAGCUGCGUUGCCCAUGCCAACCGUUGCCGCGGUGGAUGGCUUUGCCCUGGGGGGAGGACUGGAGUUGGCACUGGCCUGUGAUCUCCGCACGGCAGCGCGCACUGCGCAGAUGGGCCUGAUCGAAACCACACGGGGACUACUCCCAGGAGCGGGGGGCAGUCAGAGGUUGCCACGGGCAGUGGGCUUUGCAGUGGCAAAGGAGCUGAUCUUUACAGGGCGGCGUGUUGGGGGGCAGCAGGCUCUGGAGCUGGGCAUGGUCAACCGUGCUGUGGCCCAAAACCAGAGUGGAGAUGCAGCCUACAGAGAGGCCCUAAACCUGGCCAGAGAGAUACUCCCUCAGGCUCCAGUUGCAGUCCGCAUGGCCAAGGAGGCCAUGAACCGAGGGAUAGAGGUAGACAUCACCACGGGGAUGGUCAUUGAAGGAAUGUGUUACGCCCGGGUCAUCCCAACACGAGACCGGCAGGAAGGAAUGGCUGCUUUUAUCGAGAAGAGGCGCCCCAGAUACACUGGAGAGUAAACAGACCAACACACACACACAAACACAGUAGAUAUAAAGAGCCACUGCAUCAUUUUCUGCAGGUAAAAGCCUGUUACUGGUUACUUUGAGUAUAUUCAAACUGUGAAAAACAUAACUUUACAAUAUUAUUGAAUCAUCAAAAAAAAUACUUCAAAAUAUUUAAAUAAAAUGGACGUUUAUAGCGUU